AUGAUCAUUCUUCGUUUCACAUCACAAAUAUGUCUCAUUUUGUUGGUGUUGCUAUGUGCAGUAAGAUUCAACACAAUCAUUUGCUGCCAUGAGAGGGAUCGACGUUCACUGUUAAGCUUCAAACAAGGCGUUGUUGAUCCCUCCAACUGCCUCUCUUCUUGGUCCACUCUCCGAGAUUGCUGUCAAUGGGAAGGAGUUUCAUGUGACUACGACAAUAGAGUCGCAGCUCUUGAUCUGUCAAACUACAAUCAUCUAACAUCCUUGAGAGGUGAAAUCAACUUAUCUUCUUUACUUGCAAUUGAAUUUCUUGAAGUGUUGUAUUUGGACUCCAAUGACUUUGAACGCAUAACCAUUCCGUCUAUCAAUAAUUCCUUCGCAACUCGAAGUCAUUUGCCAGCAAAUUCUUCUAAGCUUUCUCAACUGAGUUUAUCAGACAACAUUCAUCUUCACAUUGAUAAUCUUCAUCAUUGGCCCUCUCGACUUCCUGCCUUAGCAGCUCUCGAUCUCAGUCGUAUUCAUCUUCCUAGUGAAACAAAUUGGGUGCAAUCGUUGGCUUUGCUACCUCUGGAGAGAUUAUAUUUGUAUGAUUGUAAUUUGACCAGCUCUAUUCAAUCUCUCCCAUAUGCCAAUUUUAGCUCACUUUCAUAUCUUGGUCUUGAUCUAAAUGAUUUUGGACAUGGAUUACCUAACUGGUUGUUCAAUCUCAGCAAAGAUCUCUCCGAUCUUCAUCUCAGUCAAUGCAACUUGAGAGGUCAAAUUCCAGACUUUUCAGGCUAUCGAAAUAUGAAUUUCGUAGAUCUAUCUAACAAUAAACUUGAAGGAUCAAUACCUGAUUGGCUUGGCCAGCUUGAUGAAUUAAGUUACCUUGAUCUAUCUAAUAACUCAUUUAACAGCUCUAUUCCUUCUAAUAUCGUAAACGAAUCAUCAUCUUUACGAUAUUUGGAUAUUAGCUUCAAUGAGUUGAGUGGUACACUCCCAAAAAUCCUUGGCCAUAAUAAUUCUCACAGCCCAAUUAGAAAGCAUAUAUCGGGCUUCUGGCUAUCAGGUUUGAAGGUAUUUAUGUCAUUUAAUAAAUUCACAGGACAGCUUCCUCGAGUAUCAGAUGGGGUCCAAGUUUUGGAUUUAUCUUCUAACUUUUUCUCGGGACCUUUAUCUUCUUUGUUGUGUCACAAUGAAAGUAAUCAAACUGUUUUGGAGUAUUUGGACCUAUCAAAUAAUUCUCUCACCCAAGAACUUCCAGAUUGUUGGGACAAUUGGAAACUUUUGAAUUGUAUAUACUUAGGGAAUAAUCAGCUUGUUGGUCGAGUUCCAUCAACAAUGGGUUCAUCAUUAUAUAAUCUAAGGGCGCUAGAUCUACAUCAUAACGGUUUUUCUGGUGAUAUAUCUUGGACUUUCCAUAGUUUCCGAUUUUUGGUGCUGCUCAAUUUAGGAGGAAACAACUUCUCCGGAAGUAUACAAACAUUGUGGUUGCCUGAAAAUGUAAUGGUUGUGGAAUUGAGAUCCAAUCAAUUUACGGGCAACAUUCCAUCACGGCUAUGUAGUCUCUCUUUGAUUGUAUUGGACCUUGCCAAUAACAAACUUUCAGGACCAAUCCCUCCUUGUCUACUCAACACAACCAAUUUUUUAGAAUUUCCUGGUGAACGAGAUUUAGCAAAUGAAUUAGCUUUUCCAGUAUAUGUCAUCCCAACUUCACGUGCAUUCAUGAAAAUUGAGUUGCACACAAAGGGUCAACAACGAGAGUAA